AUGUUUCUCCCUUGGUGGGAGCGCUGGCAAGGGUUCACCCACUCCCCAGCUUACCGUAAGAUUUCUUCAAAGGACAAUGCCCAACAGGAUGUUGAGGUCUCUGGGUUCUCAGCCCAGGUGAAUUUGCUGAUAUCUUACCUAAGUGAACGUCUGGUGAUGGAGAUUCACUUGGAGCCGGACCCCGAAGCCACGGUGACGGAUGUGAUCCGCCAGCUGAUGGCUAGCUAUGGCUCUUCUCUCUACCUGCUAACCCGGACCUAUUCGCUGGAUCUCAUCGCGUAUGCGAGUCGUCUCCGAGAGGAUAACGUCCGCAACCUCAAGGAGAAGUGUGCGUCCCUCAGCGAAGCCUCUAAAGUUGCAGUCAAGGCUGUGAUAUACCGUUUGGAUUUCGAGCUCCAUCCCCGUUAA